AUGGGCGACGCUGGCCGAGUCUCCGCCCAGGCACACUCACCCUCACGCAAGGCUAGCAUACCUCUAUGCCCUAUGACAGCCUUCACUCCACGCAGGAAACUCAAGGCCAUAACUGUGGGGUGUGGAUUCUCUGCGCUGAUAUUCGCACACAAGCUACAACACCAAUAUCCCGAGUUCCAGCAGCUCGUAUCGCAUAAGAUUUUCGAGCUAAGGGAUGAUAUUGGCGGCACUUGGUUAGUGAACCGAUACCCUGGUGUACAAUGUGACGUGCCCGCCCAUGUCUAUGCUUUCCCCUUUGAUCCGAAACCUGACUGGAGUCAUUUCUACGCGACGGGACAGGACAUUCACGCCUACAUGAAACAAACUGCCGAGAAAUGGAACCUUCUUCGAGAUGUAUACCUUAACCACAAGGUUACAGAAGCUAGCUGGCGUCAAGAUCUCGGACAAUGGAAGGUAACUGUUGAAAACGGCGACCGGACAAUCAUCGAAUACGCCGACUUUCUAGUAUCAGCUCAAGGUGUAUUGAAUAAGUGGCGUUGGCCAGAUAUCGAAGGCCUAAACAACUUCAAGGGACACAAAUGUCAUUCUGCCGCUUGGGACGAAAACUACGACUAUUCCAACAAGACGAUUGCGGUUAUCGGGAAUGGGUCUUCAGGUGUCCAAAUUGUGCCUACGCUUGCAAAUCUACAUGGGACGACUGUUCUUAGCUUUCAAAAGAGUCCUAACUAUGUUUACACUCAUCUCUCACCAGCACUUAUGCUCGGGCGAGAGGAUGACAGCCAAAACCCCCCUUUCACUGAAGAGGACAAGGCUCGAUUCCGCGAGGACAAGGAGUUCCACCGAAGCUAUCGCCGAAAACUUAUUCAUGGAAUCAACUCCGCUUUCAAAAUGUUCUCCAAGGGCUCCACGGAAAACGCAGCAGUGACAGAGGCGGCCCGUAGUCAAAUGGCUGAGAAACUCAACCACGACCCGGAACUGUGUGCGAAGCUAAUCCCAGAGUGGGGUCUGGGCUGUCGUCGAAUCACUCCCGGAGAGGGCUAUCUGGAAUCUUUCAUGAAGCCUAACGUCGAGUUGGUGACGAGCGCGGUGGUCAGGGCAACUGAAGAUUCAGUUAUCACGGCAGACGGUCGAGAGUUCAAGACCGACGUGAUCGCCUGUGCCACUGGAUUUGACGUCUCGUUGACGCCCUCGUGGAACAUGAUUGGACGAAACGGUGUCAAUCUGAACAAGGAGUGGGCCGUCGACCCAGAGGCGUACCUCUCAGUCGCUGCGCGGGACAUGCCUAACUACUUCAUGUUCCUCGGACCCAACGCCGUCAUUGCACACGGCUCCCUGCUGGAAUCAAUCAACUGGACUGCCGAUUAUAUUCUAAAGUGGCUACGCAAGGUUGCCACCGAAAACAUCAAGUCAAUUACUCCAAAGCCUGCAGUAAUUGAUGAACUAACUCAGUAUGGAGACGAAGUACACAAGACGCUAAUUUGGUCUGAUAGUUGCACAAGCUGGUUCAAACGAAAUGUGCCAAACGGUCGGAUCACCGCAGCAUUUGCGGGAAGUGCCCUAUUGUUCCGCAAACUGAUAAGCGAGAUACGUGCAGAGGAUUUCGACAUUGAAUACUGGAGCGGCAAUCGCUGGUCAUUCCUGGGCACUGGCUUUACAGAGUACGAGUUGAACCCAGAGAAUGAUUUAUCAUGGUACAUAGAACAUUAG